CAAUGGUACUCUGAACUUACCUCUCGCAUCGGUGUAUCGUUUAAUUUGCUUCAAGCAAAUUUAUUCACGCAUCGUUUUAAUUAUUUAUUUGACCGAAUCUGCCAGCUUGAGUUUGUUCCAUGGAAUGCCUGGUUUUCCGCUGGCGCCCUCUUUUCAUCUCUUUUCAUGAUUAUGAGCGUUUUUAUUCUAUUACUUUUAGUUUAUAACACUGUUACAAAGCAGCCCAUUGAGAAACAAGUGAUCAAGCCAGUGAUGCCUGGAGUAAACCUCCCUCUUAGCCAUCUUGGCUUUUAUAUGUUAACACUUCUUAUCUGUGCCAUUCUUCAUGAGGCAGGUCAUGCUUUGGCAGCACUAAGGGAACGCGUGCGAUUACACGGAUUCGGAAUAUUCUUGCUGGGUGUCUAUCCGGGAGCCUUUGUCAACCUAGAUAGAAAUGACCUCCAAAGCUUGAGUCCUGUUCGCCAGCUUCGCAUUUAUUGUGCUGGUGUCUGGCAUAAUGCUGUUAUCGUUUUUCUUAGUAUUGCUUUGUUUUACUCCUUACCAUGGGUUCUUAUGCCAGCUUAUUUUACAGGACAAGGUGUCGGUGUUACUUACCUUAAAGAGGGUUCUGUUGUUACCGGCAAUCGGGGGCUACUUGUUGGUGAUGCAAUUACUCGGAUAAAUGCCUGUCCUGUCCAGAAUCAGACAGAUUGGUAUCGUUGCUUGGAAGAAGCCCACACGAGACCUACAGGGUAUUGCGUAUCUGGAACGUAUCUCAGCAUUGUAGGAUCACACGAUCCUGCUCGCAUUAAUCAAAGUCACCAUUACCCAGGGGCUCGUCGGGCUUUAUCCGCUGUCGCUAUUGCACAAAACAUCCACAUUGGUCCUGCAGACAUCUCAUCAAAGAGUGAAGCAAAGCCAGCUCAAAAUGCCCACAAACCUGUCGAUUGUUGCCCUUCUCAAUCUGCAUCUACUCAUCUCUGUUUUACCUACUUUGUUUACGGAGUCAAAUCGAAUCCCUCUAGGGUCCUUAUUGCUCGUAUAAGAUCUCUUCAUCACACCUUCCCCAGCCCGUCACUUAUAUAA